CGCACUGCCUAUCGCUGUAAGUGCCUAUUUUUGGCCUAGCGCCUGCACAGCGGGUUACAAAAACCUCAAAACGCGUUUUUACCAGUUGAACAUUUUUCCCAUUUUUUGUUUACGUUUGCACAGCGAAUAUUGUGCACCUGCACUCGCAAUUUGUUCUGUGUGCCAGCGGCGCUUUUUCGCCGGCAAGUGUUCCAAGAGCCAAGGAGCCGCAAAAUCCGACCAGCUGGUGUACUCCAGUUAUUCCGGUUUACAAGCCAGCACUUGCUCAUUAUCGGCGGGCGCCUUUGAUCUCCACUUCGGCGGCUGAAUCUUCGAACCGAAAGUUCUUUUGUUCUGCUUUCUGGCCACCUUUCCCCGCCCCCCGUCACCGCGCUCCCCACUCUUCGCUUUGGCCACCUAGACACGUCAACAGAUUUGAAACUUGGCACCGGGAAUCGGAAUCUUCGCGAGAUGCGCGUGAGCAACAUCCGCAGCGGCCGGAUCUGCCGGCUGGCACUGUGCCUCCUGGUGCUGCUCCCACUGCUCUAUCUGCUGGCCAACUGGAGCGAUCAUCACAAGCGCGUCCAGGAGGCGUACCACACGCGCUUCGGCGGACCCAAGUUCGCCCAUCAGAGACUGGAGGGACGUCCGCGGGAGGUACCCAAGCUGGUGGAGGGUCUGGGCAACUUCGAGCCCAAAGAUGUGAAGCCACGUAGCGGACCCGGCGAGAAUGGAGAGGGCCACAGCCUGUCGCCCGACAAGAAGCACAUGUCGGACGCGUCCGAGAUGGAGUACGGCAUGAACAUCGCCUGCUCCGACGAGAUCUCCAUGCACCGGUCGGUGCGGGACACGCGGCUGGAGGAGUGCCGCCACUGGGACUACCCCUUCGAUCUGCCACGCACCAGCGUCAUCAUCGUCUUCCACAACGAGGGCUUCUCGGUGCUCAUGCGCACCGUCCAUUCGGUCAUCGACCGCUCGCCCGCGCACAUGCUGCACGAGAUCAUCCUUGUGGACGACUUCUCCGACAAGGAGAACCUGCGCAGCAAGCUGGACGAGUAUGUGCUGCAGUUCAAGGGACUGGUCAAGGUCAUUAGGAAUAAGGAGCGAGAGGGUCUCAUCCGUACGCGAUCCAGGGGAGCCAUGGAGGCAACAGGUGAGGUGAUCGUCUUCCUGGACGCCCACUGUGAGGUGAACACUAACUGGCUGCCGCCGAUGUUGGCCCCCAUCUACCGGGAUCGCACCGUGAUGACAGUGCCCAUCAUCGAUGGCAUUGACCACAAGAACUUUGAGUAUCGCCCGGUUUAUGGGACGGACAACCACUUCCGCGGCAUCUUCGAGUGGGGCAUGCUGUACAAGGAGAACGAGGUGCCGCGCCGCGAGCAACGCCGUCGCCCGCACAACUCGGAGCCCUACCGCAGUCCCACGCACGCCGGCGGCCUGUUUGCCAUCAACAGGGAGUACUUCCUGGAGCUGGGCGCCUACGAUCCGGGCCUGCUGGUCUGGGGCGGCGAAAACUUUGAGCUGAGCUUCAAGAUCUGGCAGUGCGGCGGCAGCAUCGAGUGGGUGCCCUGCUCCCGCGUGGGCCACGUCUAUCGCGGCUUCAUGCCCUACAACUUUGGCAAGUUGGCCAGCAAGAAGAAGGGUCCGUUGAUCACGAUCAACUACAAGCGCGUGAUCGAGACGUGGUUCGACGACACGCACAAGGAGUACUUCUAUACGCGAGAGCCGUUGGCCCGCUAUCUGGACAUGGGCGACAUCAGCGAGCAGCUGGCUCUGAAGAAGCGGCUGAACUGCAAGAGCUUCCAGUGGUUCAUGGACCACAUCGCCUACGACGUGUACGACAAGUUCCCGGGCCUGCCGGCCAAUCUGCACUGGGGCGAACUGCGCUCGGUGGCCUCCGAAGGAUGCCUGGACUCCAUGGGCCAUCAGCCGCCGGCCAUUAUGGGCCUCACGUACUGCCACGGAGGUGGAAACAACCAACUGGUCAGGCUCAAUGCCGCUGGACAAUUGGGCGUGGGCGAGCGCUGCGUGGAGGCCGAUCGGCAGGGCAUCAAGCUGGCCGUCUGUCGCCUGGGGACAGUCGACGGUCCCUGGCAGUACAACGAGCACACGAAGCACCUGAUGCACCGCGUCCACAAGAAGUGCAUGGCCCUACACCCGGCCACCCAGCAAUUGUCAUUGGGCCAUUGCGAUGUCAACGAUAGCUACCAGCAGUGGUGGUUCAAGGAGAUACGCCCGCGCUGGUAAGUCCGGUGUUGAGGAUAAGGAAGGAUUCGGAUGAGUGGGAUGAGCAGCAGGAGGAUCAAUGGAUGGAUCACAAGGGUUUCAACCGGGGCAACGGGGGCGAUUUUUUAGACAAAAGCAAUUUAGUGAAAAUGAGAAAUGGAAUUGUUGUUGGUUUUGUAACGCAUACAAGUAUAUACACCCACACAGAAAAACACACGAAAUCAUACAGAUAUAUACACGUAGGCAUUUAUGUGACGCACUGUACAUAUGCACUGCGGGCACAUGGAAAUCCCCUAGGUAAUUAGUAUCCAAGCCAGGGCUUUGAAUAUAUUAUUAAAGCUAAGGAGCUUCGAUUUUGUAAAACAAUUUCGAAAAGACCUUUGGAUUAUAAAUCUCGAAUCGUGAAUAAUUCUCAUAUAGUACUUUAUUUGUAAACUGAAAAAUAAUUGUUACCAGUUUCUAAAUCUAAAUUUGUGUUCAUUGAGUAUUGCUCGAAAAGGGGUUUUUAUUUUCAUUUUUAAAGAUAGAUUCAAAAUGUAACUUAGUGUAGAACGAAAAUCAUCACAUCUUGUAAGGCGAGUCUCAUAAAAUAGUUACCAAACUGAAUAUUAGGAUCCUAGCCUGGGGGUUUUCCAUGCCGGCCUCGUUGGGUGUCCAUGCGUAUGAGUGAGAGAGUGCGAUGGAGAUAGGACGGAAGCGAAAUAGAGAGAGAUGGCGCGAGAGCGGGAAGUGGUUGGCGAAUCGAGUGCAAUAGAGGGUUUAUGGAACGGGACGACACGGUCGCAGAUUGUUUUGCUUUAUGAUUGCCAACACAAAUUAAUGUACUAACCUUAGUCUGUACUCCUUUAACUUCAACUAACCUUAGCUAAGUUUCGACGCUGCCACAUUCCAAUCUAAGCUAAUCUAUUAUAAUCCAAUCCAAUCCAAUCAAAUCCGAACCGAUCGAGUCUGCAGCGAAGCUCGGCUCUUUAACCUUUAACCUUUGACGUUAUUGUUUUUUUUUUCUGUGCUUCGUAAAGCUCUCUGUACCAGGUAGUCGUAAUCGUAAUUGAUCGUUGCAAGUGCUUCGGAAGAUCGAUUUUUGAAAACAAUAUUUUACAUUCAUGUGUAACUUUAGAGUUAUCGAUAAGUCUGAGUAAUAGCAUAUAAAUAAACAUGUUUUCUAAACACUUUACCUUGUAA